UGGUGCUUUUCGGUAGCCGGACGUUGGCGGCAGCGCCAUGGAGCAAAGCUCGGAGAAAGAAGCCGCGGCGCCCGGCCCGGAGGUCCCCCCCUCCGGCUCGGGCUCCCGUUCGCGUGGGCUCGGGGGCAUCGGCUCCGCAGAAGCCCUGGCGGCGCUGGGCGCGGUCGGGCGCCGGCUGCUCUGGCUGCUCCCCGUGUACCUGGCGGGUCGGGCGGGGCUCAGCCUGGGCUUCGUGGUGGCCGGGGUGGCCCUCUACAUGGGCUGGAAGGGCCGGCGGCUCGGCAAGGAGCGGUCGCUGCGGAUGGCUGGGCUGCUGCUGAGUGACGAAGAAGGGGCGGUGAGCGCCGCGGCCAACACCGCGGGGCUGGGCCGAAGCCUGGGGAAGAACGAUCUGCCCGCGUGGGUCACUUUCCAUGAUGUUGAGAAAGUUGAAUGGCUCAACAAGAUUCUGGCCCAGGCAUGGCCCUUCUUUGGCCAGUACAUGGAGAAACUGCUAGUGGAAAACAUCACGCCAAGCAUCCGAGCCUCCAACAGCCAUUUGCAGACCUUCACCUUCAGCAAAGUUGACAUGGGAUCGAAGCCAUUGAAAAUCCUUGGAGUCAAGGUUCACACUGGCACGAACAAGAAGCAGAUCUUGCUGGACCUAACAGUCAGCUAUGUUGGUGAUGUUCAGAUUGAUGUGGAAGUGAAGAAGUAUUUCUGUAAGGCUGGGGUGAAGGGCAUGCAGCUGCAUGGCAUGCUACGGGUCAUCUUGGAACCUCUCAUUGGUGAUGUCCCAAUUAUAGGUGCGAUCACGGUUUUCUUCAUUCGUCGGCCGACUCUGGACAUCAACUGGACUGGAUUUACCAACCUCUUGGACAUCCCUGGGCUGAGCUCAGUUUCUGACACAAUGAUCAUGGACUCCAUUGCCUCUUUCUUGGUUCUGCCCAACCGCUUGCUCAUCCCAUUGAUCCCUGACCUGCAUGAAGCAGCUGAGCUCCGCUCUCCAGUGCCCAGGGGUGUUGUCCGUGUGCAUCUGGUAGAGGCCAAAGACGUGCAGUCUAAGGAUAAAUACAUCAAGGGGAUGAUUGAGGGCAAGUCAGAUCCAUAUGCUGUGGUGCGUGUGGGUACCCAGGUCUUUACCAGCAAAGUCAUUGAUGAAGAUCUCAGCCCCACAUGGAAUGAGAUGUAUGAGUUCAUUGUACACGAGGUACCAGGACAGGAGCUGGAGGUGGAGCUGUUCGACAAGGACCCUGACCAGGAUGACUUCUUGGGCAGGAUGAAGCUGGACCUUGGGGAGGUGUUCAGGGCUCGUGUGCUGGAGGAGUGGUUCCCUCUGCAAGAUGGUGGCCGGGCACGUGUGCAUCUGCGCCUGGAGUGGCUGACGCUUAUGUCAGAUUCCUCCAAGCUCGAUCAGGUUCUUCAGAGGAACAAAACUAUCUCCUCCAAGCCAGAGCCUCCGUCAGCUGCCAUCUUGGUGGUCUAUCUGGACAAGGGACAAGAUCUCCCAUUGAAGCAAUCCAGCAAGGAGCCCAAUCCUGUAGUACAACUCUCUAUCCAAGAUGUCACUCUUGAGAGCAAGGUUGUCUAUAACACCGCCUCCCCCGUCUGGGAUGACGCCUUCCGUUUCUUCCUGCAAAACCCAGCCAGAGAGGAUAUUGAUAUACAGGUCAAAGAUGACAACCGCCAGACAACACUGGGCUCCCUCACUAUCCCCCUGUCCCGCUUGUUGAGUGCCGAUGAUCUGACCCUUGACCAAGGGUUCCAGCUGGAGAACUCUGGGCCCAACAGCCGCAUCUACAUGAAACUCAUUAUGCGGGUCUUAUAUCUUGAUGCCCCUGAAGGUAGCUUCACCCCCCGGCCAUGUCCUCCAGGACAUCUGAAUGUUACUGAGAGCUCCUAUGUUGGCAGCAGCGUCGACAAGUCUCCUCGGCCACUCACAGCCAGUCCAGAUGCCCAGUUUGGUACUGAGAACGUGAUUCGUAUUCAUCUUCUGGAGGCUGAGAACCUCAUCGCCAAGGAUAACUUCAUGGGUGGGAUGAUCAAGGGCAAGUCGGACCCUUAUGUCAAAGUGCGCUUAGGUGGCCAAAAGUUCCGCAGCCGUGUCAUCAAAGAGGAGCUCAAUCCCCGUUGGAGCGAGAUCUAUGAGGUCAUAGUGAAUGAUGUCCCAGGCCAGGAGGUGGAGUUUGACGUGUAUGACAAAGAUGUUGACAAAGAUGACUUCCUGGGAAGGUUAGUUGGAAAUAUUCCUGAUGUAGCGCCUCCUACAGAGUUCUGUCUGAAGAAGGGCUCAAAACCCCCAAGCCCAUAUGUUAAUCUCUCUGUCCAUGGCACCUCCUAUAAGACUAAGGUUGCCUCUCAGACAGCAGAUCCAAUAUGGGAUGAAGCUUUCUCCUUCCUUAUCAAGCGGCCCCAUGCAGAGUCUUUGGAGCUGCAGGUGAAAGAUGAUGGGCACCUUGUGGGCAUGCUGUCACUUCCACUUUCGCAGCUGCUGGCAGCAGAGGGGCUGGUCCUGGACCGCUGGUUCCCACUCAGUAACUCUGGUCCUGGCAGCCAGAUCCUGAUGCGAGUGCAGCUUGGGCUUCUUAUCUCUCAGCACUCCGGUGUGGAGGCCCUUAAUACUGUGGCAGGUGAAGAGAAUGGCGAAAGCUCCCAGAAGGGAUCAGAGACAGAGCUGUGUAUCAGGGAGGACGGAGACUCUGGUUCCGCACAGGAGCUGCGCCAGCGCAUGCCGCAUGCCCACAGGAACCUAAAGUCAAGCGCCAAGGAUAUUCCUGACCUGUAUGUCUCUCUCAUCCUUCUUCCUGACAAAUCCCGUGUUACCAAGAGAAAGACCACUCUGCGGAAGAAGACUCUCAAUCCUGAGUUCAAUGAAAAGUUUGAGUGGGAUAUACCCUUGGAAGAAGCCCACCGAAGGAAGCUGGAGGCCUACAUUAAAAAUGGUGCCUCUUUCAUGUCACGACCGGAGCCAAUUGGAAAGGUGCACCUUGAACUUUCACAGAUGGAUCUGACUCAAGGUGCUGCUCAGUGGUAUGACUUAAAAGAUGAUAAGAGCACCUAGUUGCCCCAGUGCCUCCUUUCUGAAACUUCACCGUCCAAGGAGUUGAAGAACUGGCAUGAACAUCUCCACCAUCCUUCACUGCAGGAUUUUAAGCUCACCCCCUGCCGGACAGGCUUUUCAGUGUUUUGCUUUUAAGCAAUCCUGGUGUUACAUUUUUAGAAUCUUCUUUUCAGUGUGAAGCUGGUAGGGGUUGAGAAGGGAGUGACGCGUAGGCGAUUUUUGAAGGAGGUGGGCAGAUUUGCAUCCUGCAUUCACCCUAUGUGCUUCUUUCAACACAGCGAACCACAUUCUGCCUUUUUUCUUGACCAAAGAAGAGAGACUUUUCUUUCAUCCUUCCAUUGAAGACAAAGGUCCUUACAGGCUUGCUGUGAGUCGACUCUUUCAGCAGCCACCGGAGAGGCUACUAAGUGGGCCUUGGGGCUGUGUGUGCUAGCUAGAAAGGUUUAAGAAUACCAACACAGAGGGACCAAAUAUUUCCCCAUACUAAUAGUGGGUGAAUAACUGACUGACUUCCUUUGAAACAAGGGGUCCCAUGCCUGAGCAGGGUCACUGGUGUCCCCAAAGGGGACCAAGUAGCAGCUUUUAUCUAGAAAGGGAAUAUUGUCUAGCUUGUGCAAGUGACAGGGAUUUUGACCUAGCCCCUCUUGUUAAUAUGGUUUGAAACUGACACUGGGUCAUUUUUUUGAACCAAAGGUUUAAAAAGGAGAGGGUGCAGUGGCCCAGUACUUUUUAUUUGCAGUGUCUUUUAUAUCCCCCCCUCCCGGUCUGUGGGCUCCAUGGCUCUAACUCUUAUGUGGGGUGUGGUGCCCACGCUCCCAGCAUCAGCUCACCGUCCACACCUGCUCUUUCUGUUUCUGACUCCUGUAAAGGGAAUUGGUGUGUUUGACUUCUUGUCUCACUGCUUAGUCUGCUGCUGCUGUCUGCAGUAUCUGUAUUUGUGCCACGUUCAGCUUUUGGGGAAUUUUUUAAAGAUGAAUGUUGCCUGGUGCCUUUUUGCGCCCCAGUCCUAGAGCUGGUGAGUUGGGUGAAAACCUCUUCCUCCUCACCUUAAUGUGCCAAGUUUUAGGACUGUGUGCAUUCUGUAGCAAGGGAAUUCUAGUUUCAAAUCAGAUUUGCAGGUGUGCAGAGAAUUUAUCUAACUGUAUAUGGAUUCACUUGCAAUAUCUGUGUUUUGACUGACUUUGAAUAUAUUGUGCAAGGUGAAUGGAAGGAAACUUGUGGGAGGUUGUGGGGAGAGAAGAUUUGCUUUGCAGAUCCAAAGAUCACAAUGUUUUAUGAGGCCAGGGUUGCUUAAACAGUAGGGUCAUCUGGCUGCUGUCAUUGCUUUGCUACAAUCAACUAGAAACAAAAUUUAAUGCAGCAGAUCUGCAGCUAUUUUAGCACUAUUAUUCCUCAUAAAAAUCUAGCCAUACCCAUCUUCAAAAGAAAGAUUGUACUAUACCUUUAUUCAAAAGUCCCAUCUGUGCAACUGUCCCUUUUAGCAGUCGUUUUUUACCUGUUUCUUUCAAAGCAACCUCUGUUUUUUGGCUUCUCCCUCUAUUUAAUCUCUUCCAGUUCCUGAACUAAAUUUAAUUACCUAAUUUCUGCUUCAGGAGGGAGGGGAGUUAGUUACUGGUUUUCUUUAUGCAGCCCAAACAAUUGCUUAUUUCUUUUUCAUUAUUGCAAUUGUACCAUCACAAUAAUAAAAGGGGGGAAAAUACUGAAUAAUUUCUUUGGCUGCACAGAGAUAAUCAGUAAUGAAAGCCCCCCCCCCACCAAUACUAUAGCUAAGGAAGUCAA